UGUAAUUGGUUUUAAAUUAUGGAGUGGAUAUGUCGGAUUCCAAAAAACAAGGAAAAGGUCCCUUGUAUGAGGCCCACACAUGUCUUGUGCGAGAAAAGCGUUGAGAAAAUUAGUAAUGAUUUGUUGUUGGUCACUCACUUCCUUUAGCGAACGCUUCAACGGCAUAAUUCCCCGGCUAAAAAAUUACACCCACAAAUAACAAUAUAUUGCAAACACUAGUAUACCAUCGAUUUGUUCUUGCAUUUCUCUCUCUUUGUCUCGUACAUCUUUCAUUCAUCCCUUAAUUUUUCUUCUCUUUUCUGUUAACCCAUUUCUCCUCUUUUUCCUACAUUUUGGAUCCCAUUUCCUUGGAAUUUUAGGGUUAGGGUUUCCUCCUUUGUGUUGUUUUUCUGUGUGUGAUUGUUGAUUGUAUAUACAAAUGUGUGAUUGAGAGGAGGGGCAAAAGAUAGAAAAGGAAGCCAGAAAGCCUCAUAAAUUCCAUUUUUAUAGAAUCAGGUCUUCUGGAGAAGAUCUGAGAGAGAAAGGAAUAUAGGAAAAUGAGCGCCUCGAGGUUCAUAAAAUGUGUUACUGUGGGUGAUGGUGCCGUUGGCAAGACUUGUCUCUUGAUUUCUUACACCAGCAAUACAUUCCCGACGGAUUAUGUGCCAACUGUGUUUGACAAUUUCAGUGCAAAUGUGGUUGUCAAUGGGGCUACUGUCAACCUAGGGUUGUGGGAUACUGCUGGACAGGAGGAUUACAAUAGGUUAAGACCUCUGAGUUACCGUGGAGCUGAUGUUUUCAUUUUGGCAUUCUCUCUCAUCAGUAAAGCCAGUUAUGAAAAUGUUUCCAAGAAGUGGAUUCCUGAGUUGAAGCAUUAUGCCCCUGGUGUCCCCAUAGUGCUUGUUGGAACAAAACUUGAUCUUCGAGAUGAUAAGCAAUUCUUCACAGACCAUCCUGGUGCUGUGCCAAUUACUACUGCUCAGGGUGAGGAGCUGAGGAAAACAAUUGGUGCACCUUCCUACAUUGAAUGUAGUUCAAAAACACAGGAGAAUGUAAAAGGAGUCUUUGAUGCUGCCAUUAAAGUCGUGCUCCAGCCACCCAAGGCAAAGAAAAAGAAAGGAAAGUCUCAAAGGGCCUGCUCAAUUUUGUGAUCACACAGUAGGUCCGGGUUAUUCCAGAUCACAGUUCACGUUGUAAUCUGUCCCCUCGCAUCUGUUUCUGUUUUCCUUUUCUUGGAGGAAGUAGGAGGUCCAUGUAUGUUUCACUUGAAGCUACUAGUGAUCUCUUGAAGCGUCAGGUGGCUCGAUUUCUUGUAUUGCUGUGAUCUCUUAUUACCGAGUUUCACAACACGCUGUAGGCCACUCAAUUUCGUCCUCGCUGUUUUGAUUUGUUUUAUGUAUUACUGAUUGAAAGAUCAAUUUAGGAAAACAAAUUUUCUCAGCAA